AUAACUGCUCAAUUUUUCCUGUCAUUUAUUUAACAUCAUUUUGAUUUUUAUUUUAAAUCCGAUGCUUACUAAGUAUGCUAAUAAAUAUGUUUAAAAACGUUAUACAAUACAACAUUUCCAUUGGUAUUUCAGUGAUAUUACAAGUGGUGGCACGUGCUACAGCCACGUGUUCUAAAGCGAGGGGAUUGCAAGUAGGUGUUCGCCUGCCACAGACUCCAGUGUCGGACGUGAACUUCGGAGGCAUCCUGCAGCUGCAGAUGUGCACCCUGGUGCACGUCAUCAUCUACUGCUGGGGCAGCGCCCAGGUCACGUGGCAGAGCGAGGCGGUGCUCCACGCCGGCUACUGCUGCGGCUGGCCUGAGGCGGGGCGAAGCUUCAAGCAGGCACUGAGGCUGCUGAUGACCCGAGCCGCACGCCCUGCCGGCUUCACCAUCGGCGGCUACGGCCCGCUCACCCUGCAGACCUUCCUGGGGAUGAUAAACUUUGCGUACUCCGUGUAUGCGGUUCUACGUCAGAAGUACAACUGACGGUUUAAGAAUCCCAGGGUGUUAGAAGAGAGAAGAUUAGUUACACAACACUUGGAGCAACAGUGAGCAGUUCUGUGUAUGUGAAUUUAAAUUAAAACAAAUCACAUUACUUGCUCUAAAGACUGCUGCCUUACUCCGUCAUCAUUCUUCGAAGCUACGCCCAGCUUCAGGUCUUGAGUAAAUAUUCAAGGUUCAAGAUCGAAGAAUCCUCCACGAUAGUAAAACAUCACUUACUGAGCGCAAGUGUCCAGGGGCGCAAAUCUGUAGGAUUCGCAAAAGGGGUGAGAAAUUCUCAGGGGGAGGGGAGACGCAUCUCGAGAAUUAUGGGCUUAGUUUUCAGUCGGCACAAGUCAUCUCUGUAUGUUGACUUAAGCAUAACACUUUACAAUAUAAAGAAAUUUUCCCCUAAAACAUAGUUUUGACGUUUAACGUUUAUCAAUUCCGUUUCACAGUCACGAUUUUGCAAGAGCAGGCAGGCACCCUCUGUGAGGGGCUUCUUAAUUCCAAGGGGGUCCGCCCCCCCCCCCCUCCCUGUUAAGCACUGUUAAGGUCUUCAAAAUCUACAACACGGUUUUUGUUUGAUGCCGUUAUCACAAAAAUUAUGUAAAUCACGCAAAAAUUUGUUUUGCAUGUAAAUGCCUAUCCCACGGCCAGAGUGAAUUUGGUUGAAGCCCAACCUUAAGAAACUGCUUUCCCAAAUUUUAGAAUACCUAGCUGAAUUAAUAAAUGCCAUGUUUGAGUACAGUAUUUUCCAUCGCAGUGGAAAGAAGAAGCGAAUGUAACAGUUUUCCAUAAACCAGGAAAAGACAUGACACUGCCCCAAAAUUAUAGGUCCAUUAGUUUGCUUAGCACAGUGUCAAAAGUAGCAGAAUGUAUAAUUCUGCAGCGACUUAAUAUUCACAUCAAAGAAAAUAAUACACUGCCAAACGAGCAAUUUGGUUCACGCAGCAUGCAUUCAACAACGCAUCAUUUGAUCUGUAUGACACAACAGAUAAUAACUGCAUUUGCUCAGAAUAGAUAUAAUCUCGCAGCGUUUUUGAACAUAGAAAAAGUCUUUGAUAGAGUAUUUCAUGAAGGCUUAAUUUAUAAAUUAUAUCAAACUGCGUUCCCUGAUUGUUAUAUUAAAUAACAGUUCUCUUAUUUAAACACUCGAUCGUUUAAAGUCACGAUAGAAGGAGCACAGUAUGCUUUAAAAUAAUUAAAGCAAGAUUUAUAUCCAUAAUAUGCCUAAACCCGCAUACCGAUCAGCCCAGUUUGGCUGCUUCGCGGACGAUACAGCGUUGUUGAGCAGAUUUUUUUGGCAUUUUAGAAUUCGCAGCAAACAGACUGCAAACCGCGUUAGAUUCAAUAGAACAGUGUUGCACAAAAUGGUGAAUUAAGGUAAACCCUACCUGAUCAGAAGCUAUAGAAAUUACGCGUAAACAUAUUCCGCUACUCAUAGGCAUGAUUAACACUAUCCAAUGAAAAAAUUCCUCACAAAAAUGUUGUUAAAAAUUUAGGCGUGUAUUAUUGUGCGAUCACAGACGCGAAAAGAAAAGCAGCUUUCACUAGACUCAUGAUCCUCUACCCGGUCAAGAGUAUACGAUUAUGUAGCGCUGUUAAAAAUGGUAAAGUAAUUUAAAAAGCACUAAUAAAACCAAUAACAAUGAAUGCGGUGCCACUGUAGGCAACAGCAACCGAAACACAUUCAAUAAAGUUGCAGAGAAUUUAGAAUAAGAGCAUUCGUAUUGCGGCAGAUUGCCUUGUUCAACGCCAUGCACACAGAUCUUAAACUCAAACUUCUGAAGGUUUGUUACAUCAGAACUGCUCAGAAAUGUUAUGAUAUUUGUGCAAUAAGUAGAAAUCCUCUUAUUUCUUCUCUUGGGGAAGAUGAUCAAGAUUUGCACCGUAAAUAUCAAAUGUUGAUUAAGAUUCUUCAACAGAGACCUCCUAGUCGCGCUGUGGUUGGCAGCUUGUCUGGCCACUAAGAACGCAGCUUAAAAUCAGAGUACAGACCCCAGUUUGGCUAUUUAUGACUGAUAAGAAAAUUUGACAGUGACUUGUACAUUACGUAGUACAGCAAGUACCUUGUCGUGUCCCUGGCGGUGGCCAGAGGCGCUGGCCAGAGGCGCUGGUGUGCUUGAGAGGCAGAGAAGUAGCCCUGAUGAUAGGCCGGGAGGGCUAGAAUGGGUCCCUGAAAGGUCGCUCCAGGGAGGGAUGAUAGAGCGGUCCCCGAGGGGUCACUUCAGGGAGGUAGGAUAGAGCAGUCUCAGAAGGGUCGCUCCAGGAAGAGAGGAGAGAGCGGUGCCCAAAGGAUAUACCGUGGAUAUACCGGUCUCAUCCACAUUAUAAAUUCUGGAUGCUGGGAAAUGAAAUGCUAUUGCACAAACCAGGAAAUAUUCUAGGACCUAAAGACAAGUAGCAAGUAGGAUUAACGACAAGUUGGGAGAGAGGAAAGAGUGUGACAAUAGUUUGCACUGUGAGUGCUACCGGAAAUCACAUUCCACCCAUGUUAAUUUUUCCAUGCCGAUGAAUAUCACAGCAGUUACAGAAGGGAGGAUCACGUGAUGCAAUUUAUGCAUGUUCCAAGAAUGGGUGGAUCAAUGAAGAUCUAUUAAUGGAUUAGCUACAGCAUUUCCAAAAGAUAACUCGACCAACCUUCGAAGAUCCUGUCUUACUUAUUCUUGACAACCACUCCAGCCACAAAUCGUAUAGGGUGUACUGUAUUUAUUUUGCAGAAAAAAUUAUAUACAUAUACUGUCACUUACACCCCAUUCGUCUCAUCGACUACAACCCUUGGACAUCUGUUUUUAUGGACCUCUUAAUAAUGCUUUUGACAAAGAAUGUUAACUCUACAUGAAUACUCACAGCAGCCAGAACCUAAAAAUCAAAUAAAUAAGUAAAUAAAAAUGAAUGUUCAUUUGUUUGUCCUGUAUGCAUUCCUAAACCAUUCAUCCGAUUGUGAUGAAACUUAGGUGAGUUGUUAUGCACAUGCCCGCGAAGGUUUCUGAAUUAGUACAACCAUUUUACAAUAGGUGGCAUGCAAUUAAUUUCAACAAAUGAAUGUGUUUCAUAUAAUUUAAUUUGGUGUAUGAGUGCCCAUGCAUGACAGAAUUAAAUUGAAUUAAAUAUAGAAGAGAGAGGAAGAUAUAUGCAUAGAUAGAGAUGUAUAUAGAGAAAACAUGAAUGCUGGGCAUUAGCUAGUACGUAUAAAAUAAAAUGACACACACUCAUUGAAUGAGAAAUAAUAAAUAUAAAAUUUUUGUGUUUUGAGCUUAAGUUUUGUUAAUAUUUGGAUAGGGUUAAAGAUUUUAGUUGCCUCUCGGUGGCUUAUUAUAAUUAAGUAGGGUGUUACACUGUGUUUUGACAUGCUUUUUGAUGUUAUUUAGGUUUUAUUGCUAUUUAUCAAAAAAUCUUGUCCCUACAAAUGAGUGAUAUUGAAGCAUAAACUAGUGUGAACACACAGUCAUUCCAUCAAGUUGAAUUAUAGUACAAAGCACAGACAAGUACAGUCAAGUUUCAGCAUAAUGUUACCAGAAAUUUUCUGUAGCCAAACCAAAUUUUUUAUGUAUUUCAAAACUCCUUACACUAUUCACAUUCAACCCAAGACAGUUUUUAAAAAUGGGCAAAAAUCUGUUAAAUUACCUGAUUACAGUGAAAUAACUUGUCAUCAACAGAUUCAAGCAAUUGUUUCAAAUCAUCAGGACCUAUGACGGGUUUCCAGCUCAAAGCCAAGUCUGCCUGGAAUACGUAUCUAUAGGGACCCCAGAAAAUGGUAAAUAAAACUGGCUCAUUUUGGUGUAAAAAAAUGACAAAAGCGGUGCAAAAAAUCGGUGUAAAAAUAAGCAAUCGGUAGAGACCCCAAAAAAGGUGAAAAAAUUAUGCCAUUGGCGGUGUAAAAAAAACCUCAUAGCGGAUAGGCACUACAAAGUAGCAGACUCUGCCUUACAUCGGCCCACUUUGUCUGUCGUUUCAUCACACAAGAAUACAAUCUGUUUGUCUUCUACAGCGUGCCUUACUGCUUCCUUAUUUGCCUGGCCAAUUUUUGGGACAUAAGUUUCUCUAAGAGUGUUGGCUGAUGGCAAAUCCCCUGCACCUUUAAUGUAUACAUAACUUACAAUAUACUUAUAAAUAGGUAUAAUUUAUAAGGUUAUCGCUGAAAAUAUUAAUGGGCUAAUUUACUCAAAACAAUUUUAAGCUAAACCUAACCUAACCUAACCUAACCUAACCUUUUCAAGAUUACUGCUGGAUUACAGAGUCAAACCAUCAAUCACAAUCAGUCAAAAAUAUCUUGUGGUGUGCUCACCAUUUCACAAUGCAAUCCAUCCUAUUUAUGUGUUUGUUAAUCUGAGGUACUUGCAUAUUUAUUUGAAGUGAAGGUAAGUUGGGCCUAAAGGUAAGUUAAUUGAUAAUAUUGUAGGCCUACAUAUGCUUAUGAACUUUUAUUAGAGGGGGAAAACAUUUCUAAAUAAAUAAGGCUAACCUUCAACAUGGGUGUUAAACCAUUCCCUCAUAGCUGGAUGAUCAGCUUUUUCCAAAGGAAUGUUAACCUACAGCAUCAUAUUAACAAACUCAGAAACAAAUUCUUGUUUUCUGCACUUUCAAGCUUGUUUGCUUUAUUCACGCUGUCGCCUAUCGUGAUUUGUUUAGACACAGUAGAAUUUUCUUGACAAAAUAAUUGUCUUUUCUGUUUUGUUUUGUGUGUGUCAUUUGCCACAUGCUUUUUGCACGUGUCUGUGUGUCCAAUCAACCCGCACGUUGCAGAACUUGCACAUCAUAAUUUUGUCCCGCUGAUCAAAAAUAUAAAAUCCAUCCGAUUUCAUCUCUCUUUCGCGAUCAAACAUUGUCGAAGUUUUCGGCAUCUUAGCCAUAAUUUCAAUUGUAUCACUAAACUUACAAAAUGUGGACGGUAUUUGGAAACACUCAUAGAUAUGUGCACGAAAAAAUGACUGCCAUCUUAGCUCCAUGCGAUUAAAUUAGGUUAGAAAAAUCGACACCAGUGCGCCUUGCGGCAGAAACGACCAUUAUUCAAAACACGAAAACUGUGGACAGUCAAUUUUGUUAUGUUGGUAGUGCGCACAUAUCGAUUGUUGAUAUUUGUUACACUUUGUUUUCAUUUGCGAUGGCAAUAUUUACUGCUUGUAAACAGAGUGAUAAAAAUACGUGGAUUUCAGAAACGUGUCAAAACGAAGAUAAUAUCACGGCACUAGUCUUUCAGUCUAUGUUUAUUUCACGCCUGUUUAUGAUGGCGUAAAUAAAUAGAACUUGCGACAUAAGGACAUUAUUUUGUGCGAAAAAGCGUGGAUUUCGCACGAAAAUUCGUGAAUUUCGCGAAUAUGUCGAAAUCAUAGGAAAGUCGCAAAAUUCGUUUCAAGUAUCAAAUUUUCGCGUUAUUUCGUGAAUUUCGCGCUUCACCAUUUUUCGGGGUCUCUACGUAUCUACCAUCUUCUCAUAGAUUUCCCUUCCACUCAAUCAGCCCUCGUUCACUUCCAGUAUUCCCGUGUCCCUCAAGGUCUCUCACCUUAAACUCUUCACAUCCUUCCCUCAAUCACUUUCUUCACGAGGCCAGUCCUUUCCUUCCACACCAUUCCUAUCUUUUCAGCAUCUAUUUUAAACUAAGUUUUAAAUACUUCUAUCCCUAGAAUGUUAGAAGCAUAAAAUGUUGAAUACCUACUUUCUGUAAAUUGUUAAAAAAUAAUUAACGUAGGUAUUAAACUCAAGGUUCAUAGCAGAUUCACCGAUCAUUAUAUCCAGUCAGGUUGAAGUCACUAUGUCUGUUCACUUUAUUUUGCAAAAUCUAACAACCUUCUUAGCUACUUCAAGUUUCCAAACUUUCUAGCAUUGGCAGCAACUAUCUUCAUGCUAGUGCAUCAUUGUUAACAUUUUUUCUUUCUUUUUUUUUUAACAGACAACUUCUAACCAUAUCUACCAUGUGCAGGCUAAAAACCCUCCCAGAUUCGUAGCUGAUGGUAGAAUACAUAUACAUACAUAGUACCUACAAGAUGAUAUGCACAGCAAAAACAACUGUUUGAUAAAUAUAAUUUAUUUUUGCUAGAUGCUCAUUCUACACUUGAAAAUAGUCUACUCCCAUUUACACUUCACGCCAUUUUUAUGUGGCAUGUGGAUUUCAUGAACUUAAAAAACAGUAAGCCAUUCAAAUUUUCACUAUCAAAACUAAGUUUGAGAUACCUCAUCUCAGUUUAUUCAGAAAACAGAUUAACAGUAUCAUGCUAUGAGACAGGGAUUUGUUUUACUAGAUUAAUGUGUAAAUUAUCACAAUUUUCUUUAAUUGCAAACUUUAUUAUUUUAAUUUUCAGAACAUAAAAAAAAAAACUAUAAAGCCUACAUGCACUCUAUUCCAAAGAGCACGCAUACCAUUGAAGCGCCCGCCGCGCUUCUGUGACGUCAUCUCCGUGCCGCAGCCUUCCUUUCCUUCUCCCCUCUUAACCCCUCUCCGCCUCAAGGUGCCAAUUUCCCCUUCCCUUUCUUUCCCCCUAGCCUCUCCUCAAUUGUAGCGACUGCAACGCCAUCUAGCGAAUAGUAUAAAUGAGCGCGUAUAACUUUUAAUUGUCUAUUUCGUGGGUCUCUCUUGGUGGAAGCAGGUCGUCUCUGGCCCGGUCGAGGGGCAGCUCGUCUAGGUAAAAUUCUUCAGGAGACGGAGUUAGUGUGUGCACACGAUGGCCGUGCGAGUAACGUAAAUAUUAAAUAUGCUUGCCAGCCUUGAUUUUCAUGUAGCCAUCCCUUUUGACUAUGACCUUCACUUAAUUUAUUUUUCUUUGUGCUGGAAGCAUUUGCUUACUCCCUCCUGCAUGUGGUUUUGAUUUUAGUUGCUGCGCGACUUGCAUGGUCGGCAGUGGACUCUUAACUUAUUUCAACGGCAUCCAGACCACGCUUUGAUUGCUUUGGGUUUAGAAGUAAGCACGUUAAGUGCCCGAUGCCGCCCUUGUAUUUGUUUUUUCAUAAGAGCUUUCAGCUCCGUAUGACGUAAUUUUACGCAUCGUUUUGCCUCGAUUUUGCCCUCUUUCUUUUCCUCCCAGCUGUACCCCCGACCGGAGCCAUUUGGUUAAGGCAUACCCCCCCGUGAUCUAGCAUUUUUUGUUUGAGCACUUCUCUGUAUUACGCUUACCUAGCCUUGGCAGUGAAUGUCAUCAUGACGAGACCCACUGAAAAUUGUAGCUGUAACAAACCAUGUAACCGAUCCCUCGCUUCUCUCUUGGGCUUGCAUUUUUGUCCGCGGGACUACGCUCUCUAUGAGUAAUAGAUAUUUAAUAUGUUUUUUUUGAGGAGUGCACAAUUAACGUUAUAUUAGGUGUUGGUUUAUUUUGUAGUACAUAAUUCCUUGCCCCUACACGUGUUUGGACCGCUCGUAUAGUCUGUAUGUAUAUUGAGUCAGUUCCUAAAGUUGUUAACAGCAACGUACGUCUUGUGAAUCACGUGUGUAAUGACAUAAUGUUCACUAUGAUUUUGGUCUUCGCUCGCCUCCGGGCCGUAACGUAAUGCGUACGCACGUAUACUUGAAUAUUGGUUUCUCUCCUCUCUUAUAGUGUGUGGUAACUGAGUUAUAAUUUCGCACAGAAAAUGAGAAAAUGUCUAUCCCCAUUGUCAGAGGCGACUGUUUUAUACUGCAUGAUCCAGGGCAUGCCUAGGAAAUUCAACUUGUAUCGGAGAGAGAGAAAGAAUAUUAACUUGUUGCUUGUUGCUUGUUGUUUCGUACGACUGUAAGAGAUACGCAGUAGUAGUGUGUUUGUUGAAUCAGAGUACAUUGGGCACAAGGUUCACCCUAGUUUUUUCCAUAAGUAAGGACUCAGUAAAGACAUAAGGAGUGAAAAUCAUUGUGAAGGGAAUAAACUUCAUUAAAUGUAUGCUAAUUUGUAUUUGCUACGCACAUGCCUCUAGCUGGCAUCGAAUCCGUUGACAGUGUAUGUAUAUGUGUUAAGUUUGCGAAAUUAUAACGUUGUUAAGUGCGA